UGGAGUGAGCGGGGCUGGGCACACCUUGGCACGGAGCGCGCCCUGACUCGGGCAGGAGGAGCGCUCACCUUCCCUCGCAGGCCGAGCUGGGGGCAAGGAAUCUGCCCCGUUGUGCUGGGAAGACUUUGAGAAGCUCAUCUUUUACCCGGGCACGGAGAACCCGAAGCGGAUUUGCCUUUGCAGCCCCGGAUUUGCCUUUGCAGCCCCGGAUUUGUCUCCCCGAUGCGCGGCCGCACCUGGCUGGGCGCUGCGCUCGUCCUUGGGGCGCAGCUCCGAGCGCUGUGGCUGGCGGCAGCGGUGGAGGUUCACACCGCCAAGGAGGUGGUGGCCGUGAACGGGACCAACCAGCGGCUGAAAUGCACCUUCUCCAGCAGCAGCCCCGUGAGCCAGCAGCUGUCAGUGAGCUGGAACUUCCAGCCCGAGGACCUGACCACUCACGAGCCGGUAUUUUACUACCUGAAGGAGCCCUACGAGCCCCCCGUGGGAAGGUUUAAAGACCGAGUCACCUGGGAUGGGAACAUCGAGCGUAACGAUGUUUCCAUCAUCAUCUGGAACCUGAAGCCCAGUGACAACGGGACCUUCACCUGCCAGGUGACAAACUGGCCAGAUGUGUACGGCACCAUCGGGGAGGUGCGGCUCCGGGUUGUGCAGAAAGUGAGCUUCUCAGAAAUCCAUUUCCUGGCCGUGGCCAUCGGAUCUGCCUCUGUGCUGAUGAUCAUCGUGGUGACAGCCGUGAUUAUCUGCCGGCAGCGCCGCAGGAAGGCGCGAGACAGGAGGCUGGGGGCGGCAGACACAGAGAGUAAAGAAAAGGAGAGCCUGAAGAUGGGGGAAGAAAAGGAACCCGUUCCAUUGGAAGAUUAAAGGUCUUUGCUGGUGUGCACAAUGCAGGUGCUUCCAAAGCAGCUGGUGAAAGCUUGUAAUUUGGGGUGUUAGAACAAAGCUGGAUUACAGACGCCCCACGCUGCCGCUGUGGUACCUCUGCUCAACCUGAAAGUCUUGCAUGGAAAGAGGGUGACUUGACAUGAGCUGUGAAUUCCCUUCAGUGAAGCAAAGCAGGAGGAUCUUGCCCCGUGAACAAAGAACUUUCCUUCACCCUCUCACGUGGGAGCACGGCUUCUCUGGAAGAUGAAAGUGCCAAGACUGACUGAACGGAGGGCUGGGACGUGUUUGAGCAGAUGCACUCUUGCACCUUAGAAACCACAGCGUGCCUUUGUGCUGCCCUGGUUUUGUUCCCUGAGACUCCUCCCUGGCAUCCUGAGAAGGAAGGCUGAGCAGUGAGGUCUCAGCUGGUACAACAAACGUCCCUGGAAUCCCUUUUCUACGUUAGAUGGACAGUGUUAGAGCUGGGCAAGGUGUGCUGCUUGUUAUUAGGGAUGACAUUCACCAGCCAGGGUGGUUUGCACAUCCAUCUCUGGCAGCUGUGGGAGAAUUUGGGGGUUGAGGAGAGUUUUCUGCCUGGGUUCAGCAGCUCCCCCCCUGUUCCCAUUCCCACUCUCAGCAUCCCAGCGCUCCCCUCUGUUCCCCAAAACUGGAACCCAUGGAGUUCUAAUGGUGUCUAACCAGCCCCAAACCAAUCCUGUUACAGUAUUUACCCAGCCCCAAAUCAAAGCAUUGCCCUGUUUGUUUGUAGAGUGUCUUUAUGGCUUUAUAACCUGUGAAGUGCCAGCGUUCCCUGGCUGUUACCUGCCUGGCUGUUUUCAUUUUCACUCUCCUGUGUUGUAAAUAAAGGCACCUUGCUGAGA